AUGGAGAAAUAUGAAAAGCUGUCCAAGAUUGGGGAGGGCUCCUACGGCGUGGUGUUCAAGUGCAGACACAGAGACACCGGCCAGAUAGUCGCCAUCAAGAAGUUUGUGGAGUCUGAAGACGACCCGGUCAUUAAGAAGAUUGCCAUGAGAGAAAUACGCAUGCUGAAGCAGCUGAAACACGUGAACUUGGUCAACCUGCUGGAGGUCUUCAGGAGGAAAAGACGGCUCCACUUGGUGUUCGAGUUCUGUGAGCAAACGGUCCUCAACGAGCUGGACAAACACCCUCGAGGGGUUCCCGAGGCCCAGCUGAAGAGCAUCGUGUGGCAGACCCUGAACGCUGUUAACUUCUGCCACAAACACAAUUGCGUCCACCGUGACGUGAAGCCCGAGAACAUCCUCCUCACCAAAACGGGCGUCAUCAAGCUCUGCGACUUCGGCUUCGCCCGCAUCCUCACGGGGCCCGACGACGACUACACGGACUACGUGGCCACCCGCUGGUACCGGGCCCCCGAGCUGCUGGUGGGGGACACUCAGUACGGCCCCGCCGUCGACGUGUGGGCGCUGGGCUGCGUCUUCGCCGAGCUGCUCAACGGGAACCCGCUCUGGCCCGGGAAGUCGGACGUCGAUCAGCUCUACCUGAUCUGCAAAAGCCUGGGGGACCUGAUCCCUCACCACCAACAGGUUUUCCGCUCCAACGUCUUCUUCAGUGGAGUCAGUAUUCCUGAGCCCGACACCACGGAGCCCUUGGAAAAGCGCUUCCACACAGCUUCUCCUCAUGCUCUGCAGGUCAUGAAGUCGUGCCUCGUGAUGGACCCGUCUCUCCGGCUGUCCUGCGAGGAGCUGCUGGAGCUGCCCUACUUCCAGGAGGACGGCGGGCUCGGCUGGGGCCGCGAGGGCGAGCGCCCGGGGAGGCGGCACGAGCGAGGCUCCCGGCGCCGGCAGGCAGGGGCUCAGUACCUGCCUCAGCUUCCACACAGCAACAUCUCACCAGCCCCAGACGUCAAGAAACACGUCAGGCAUAAAUACCACCUGCCCAACAUAUAG